GUACCUGAGAGAUGCUCUUGAGGGUGGUGACGAAGCACCGCAAAGCGACAAACACCCUCACGCCGAUGGAAGUGGUGAGAACGGCAGGGAGUCCAAGAGGGUUCGCUUUGGCGAGGACGAGGUCAGAGAGUAUGACCCAAACUCGCUCCCAGGGCUGAGUGAUCAAGAUCUUGGUGAUCUUCGGGAGCAUGAGCCAAGCGAGCCAGGUCUCCCUGACGAGGGCCAACAACCGGAUGAGCUUCGCAGUGAUCCGGAUUACCUGCCGGGUGGUAGCCCUGGUCAUGUCGAACAUGACGUUUAUGAUCCAAUAGACGUAGACGAAGGGGAUGCUGAGGUUGCACCCAGGAUGCUCAACUGCCUGUUGGCGCCCACAGUUGAUACCGUGGGGGAGCAGUUCUACGAUCUAGCAGGCUACCAGGCGACAGUUAUGCAGGCUGUCGAUUCGGAAGAUUUCUUUUCUUUUGUCGGUCAAGUGCGUAAACAGACACCAGCUAAGUACGAGGACCCUUCAGCCGGUGAGAUCAUCCAGAUACUGGAUCGGCAAGUGUGGCUUUCAAAGCCCUCUUCGGUCGUAGACGACCUUACCGGGCUCCCACUCGACCCGGACCUCACAUGGAAAGGCAUGCUUAAGGAAGCUGCCGCCAUGUCAGAUCUAGAGGUUGGUCGCCCGUGCACAUACGAGGAAGCCAAAGACUACUGCGCCGAGACUGGCGCUAAAGUGGUAAAAUCCCGUUUCGUGUUCACGGACAAAGCCGAUGUAGACGAGUCCAAGAUUGUAAGGGCGCGCUUAGUCGCCAAGGAGUUUGCCUUCCAUCAGCCAAGUGCGUUGGACCUGGGAAUAGCUUCUCAGACGGCAAGCAUAGAGGCAUUCAGGGGCUUCCUCUGCAGAGUUGUGCAGGACACCUUGGUGUUGUGGGGACUGGAUGUGUCUACCGCAUUCCUAUAUGCGAAGCUGGUCAUGGCAACAGUCUUGGAGCUCCCCUCGUGCUUCCAGCACUUGGACGGAAGCACAGUCUACAUGAUCUUAGACAAGGCCAUUUAUGGCCUUAGGCUUAUUUCCUUCGUUGAUUGUUGGGUGAAGAUGGAAGAAUUGUCUUUCUCGGUAGAGAAAUCCUCAAAAGGGGAAACGAGCCAGAAAGAAAAUGCGUCCAACCUCUGUACGCUAUCCUAUCCCCACUUAUACCGACAGUUCUUCAGCACGACAGGUUUCGCAGAUGACUGGUUUUUUACGCAGGUACCUGGGUCUGACAAUGUCUCAGACCUUAUGACCAAAAAUCUUUCAGCAAAGCAGACAUGGAGGUUCAUAGAGUUUCUUGGCUUCGAGCAAAGGGACAGUCGAAAUACUUUUAUAAACUAUUCCUUUGUCGAGUCGUCAUUGCUCUUGGUAGCACUUAAAAGCUUCUUAGCUCCAGCGCCUGAGUUUUCCGUCGAGCCUUGGCAGUCGUUUGUUGGUCAGUGCAAGCUUGAUACGCAACACAUGAUUUUACUUAUUGAGCUUUGCACUUCUGUCGGUGCUUGGUUGAGUCGUCUCAGCGAUUCAUAUGGAAUCUUGGCCAUACCGGUCACCAUCGAAGUCGAUGGAGCUCACCCAGAGACUGUGCGCGUGCUACAGAGUGCGCUUCGCCACGCAGGCAGAAAGAGAAUGCAUGUCAUCAUAUGGGCAAGCACUCCAUGCACGGGAGGUUCCCCGUGGCAACACCUGCACAGAGCCAGGGACGAGUCCCACUACGACCGUCACCUAAAAGGGCUCUACACAGUCCACAGGAAGCUCUGGCGAAGCUUCCUGAGCCUGGUGAACGUAUCACAGGCCCCCACCUGGGUGAUUGAAUGGCCGCAGAAAU